CGCGGGGUGCGGGGUGCGGGCCGAGCCGGGCGCGGCGGCCCCAAUGCCGCCCGGCGGGCCGGGGCCAGCCCCGGGGGCGCCCCCCGGUGACACCCCCCGGAGCCCCCGCCGCGUUCCCCCGGGCCGUGCCCGCAGGAGGAGGAUCGCCCUGAGCCUCCCUGCAGGCAGGUGAUCCGUCUGCCAUUCCUGGUUCCCCUUCUUCCCACCUCCCCGCCUUUCUUCCCCCCCACCCCGGCUGGACAACUCCCUCCUGAGGAGAACACGCCCAAGUAGCUGAAAAAGAGAGAAAGAGAGGGGGGGAAAAAAAAAGGGAGGGGGGGAGAAGAGAGAAGAGAGUGAGACAAUUCCCACUGAAGGUGGGGACGCGGCCGGCGCUCGCAGGACCCCGCAGCCCAUCCCGCACCCCGCGCUCCUGUGCCAGCAGCGCAGCCGGCGCGGGGCUGGGAGCGGGGGAGCCCCGGCGGGGCCAUGGUGAGAGGCGGCGGGGGCUCGGCGCGGAGCGGCGGGCGGUGCGGGGCGCGGCGGGGGCUGCCCCGCUCGGCCGGGCGGCCGUGACCGCGGCACCGCCAGCGACGGACCGGCACGGCACGGCACGGAACGGCCCCCAGCGCGCCGGGCAUCGCUUCGCGGGUUGGUCUGAGCCACGGCAAGCAAGGAAUAUGAACAGGAAAACAAGACGCUGGAUCUUCCACAUCUUCCUGAGCCUGGGGAUUGUGUAUAUCAAGAUUGGGGGUUUUUCCUCGGUGGUGGCUCUGGGAGCGAGCAUCAUCUGUAACAAGAUCCCGGGGCUCGCCCCCCGGCAGCGGGCGAUCUGCCAGAGCAGGCCCGACGCGAUCAUCGUCAUCGGGGAGGGGUCCCAAAUGGGCAUCAACGAGUGCCAGUUCCAGUUCCGCAACGGGCGCUGGAACUGCUCUGCCCUGGGAGAGAGGACCGUCUUCGGGAAGGAGCUCAAAGUGGGGAGCAGGGAGGCCGCGUUCACCUACGCCAUCAUCGCGGCCGGGGUGGCACAUGCCAUCACUGCUGCCUGCACGCAGGGCAACCUGAGCGACUGUGGCUGUGACAAGGAGAAACAGGGACAGUACCACAAAGAGGAAGGCUGGAAAUGGGGAGGCUGCUCCGCUGACAUCCGAUACGGGAUCGGAUUCGCCAAGGUCUUUGUGGACGCCCGGGAGAUCAAACAAAACGCCAGGACGCUCAUGAACCUGCACAACAACGAGGCCGGGAGGAAGAUUCUGGAAGAAAACAUGAAGUUAGAGUGCAAGUGCCACGGGGUCUCAGGAUCCUGUACCACUAAAACAUGCUGGACAACCCUGCCCAAAUUCCGGGAGCUGGGCUACAUCCUGAAGGACAAGUACAACGAGGCCGUUCAGGUGGAGCCCGUGCGGGCGAGUCGCAACAAGCGCCCGACCUUCCUCAAAAUCAAGAAGCCCCUUUCCUACCGCAAACCCAUGGAUACAGACUUGGUGUACAUAGAGAAAUCCCCCAACUAUUGUGAAGAAGACCCUGUCACUGGCAGCGUGGGCACCCAGGGCAGGAUGUGCAACAAGACGGCCCAGCAGUCCAACGGCUGCGACCUGAUGUGCUGCGGCCGGGGGUACAACACCCACCAGUACUCGCGGGUGUGGCAGUGCAACUGCAAGUUCCACUGGUGCUGCUACGUCAAGUGCAACACGUGCAGCGAGAGAACAGAGGUCUAUACCUGUAAGUGAGCACGUGGGCACGGCCCUGGCCACGGAUACCUUUGCACAUGCACUCAACGGACCUACACGAGACUGUCGGGCAGACCUGCUCUCCCAGAAGAACUGCCCGGGAACGGAGGCCCCUCGGUUCUUCUCACGUUUCAUCGCUUAUGUGGAUACACAUUUCGGACUCAUAAAGCCAGCCAAGAAAGAAAAACAAACAAACCCCACCCUGAGCCACCUGACACAUAAAAGAGAGAGAAAAAGAUCAUCUCAGUUAACCUGCACCUCUAAAGCAAGAAGCAUUGACUGCCUUGUGGAGACACACCAGUCAGGGAGGAGUCUCUGAGGGUGGCAACUGACUCCUGGUUUGGAAAAGAGAUGGUCAAAUAUAAGGAGCAGGGAGGGAUAGGGGAGAAAUCCCCCCAAAAGGGCUUUGCACAGGAUGGGAUGGACAGAGCCCCACCGUGAACGGCCCGUGUGAGCCUGUGGGUGACACAGGUUUUGGCUUCUACACUCGUGAAAAGCUUCUGCUGGUCUUGCCCAUCUUUCCCCUUCAUCCCCCUUGCCACAGCGAGUAGAACUGUUGAAGGUUUCUGUAAACACUGCUUUACCUGCCUUUUUCAUGUGUGUGUGUGUGUGCUGCAGAUUUUAGCACAGGGAUUUGGGACACUCGGGCAUAAUAAUAGCAAUAUUUAACAAUUUAUUCAGAUAAAACUAAUAUUAAUUUAUUUAAUUAAAAAAGAACUCUACCAACCUUUGGGGAACUAUUCUGCAAUUAAAGUAGAUAGCUGGCUUUCUUUGUGGAAUAAUUUUGUAGGAACAGCAAGGAAAGAACUGGAGCUGUACAUAUUAUUCUUAACUAGGAUAUUUCUAUUAGUUGGACUUGCAGGAUAUGUUCUACAGUACUAGAUGUUUAAGUACAAAAGCUGGCAUCUUUAUAUAUAUGUACAUACACAAACACUGUUGUUUUUGGGGUUUUUGUUUGUUUGUUUGUUUUCUCCUGUUUGCUGCUAGUUGUCUGGAACAAAAGUCGAGUGGUAGGGGUUACAAAUCUUUACCAGGCUUUGUGGUUAUUUUUUUUUUCUUCGAUUAAAGAAAGAAGCAUUAAUAAAAUCCUGUUUGGAAUAUGUCUAAAAUUAAGAAAAUCCAGACAAACUUCCAUCUUUUGGAAAAAUCAACCAUAGGAUAAGAGAGUAUAUUUUGUAAGAGACUAUUUUUAUAUAAAUAUUUUAUUUAUACUACGUCUGCUUGUUCAACCUGUACUUUUUCUCAAAACAGGCAUACAAUUUGUAAUUCUUAGGCUAUUUAACAGAGAAAGGGUAAUUAGUUUGUGAACACAACAGCAGCAAGCUGGAUACAUUCAGCUGCAGUUGGUGGAUGUGUCAGAAAGCAGAAUGAACUUUCUCUCCGGAUAUGUGUACAAACUGGCUCUUUUCCUGCAGCUCAAUUUGCAGAAUAUGCAAAACAAGAACAGGGUAUGUAGCAUCAAUUUUGUCACAUGGCUUGAAUUCAUGAUUGGUAUUAACUGGAUGCUCAUUUAUCCCAUUCAAGAAAAAAAAAAUGCGAAUUAGCUUCCCACAUGCGUCAGUCAUUAAACUGUGGCGUUAUGACUCGCAAAUGUGCUGUGUGUGCUGUCAGUUAAACCUCUAUAUUGUGUUACUGUCAAAUUGCAUUUUAAUCAGUGGGAGACUGUAGACUAUGACUGUAAAAACUAGCAUGACACACACCGUCUGAUUCUCAUAGAUAGGAUACAAAGCUUACUUUUUGUCCGACUCUUUUUUGGCAUUUACAUUAUUCUUUCCUCCCCCACCAAAAAGGCCCGAGCUCAGAAAUCCAGAAAAACAUCCAGGCAAGUUUAAAGAGGCAAAUUUAAAGACUACUCACUUGUUUUUCAGAGCCAUUUUGCGUUCCCUUUAUGGUAUUUCCUUUUUAUCACUGCUAAUUUCUUCAGACAUUUGAGUGGUAAAUAUUUCUCUGUGUUUUUAGAGUCAUUCUGUUCCUGCUGCUUUACUCAUUUGUGACCCAUAAAAAAAAAAAUCUAAUUUUAAUGUUGUUUUUCACUGGUUAAUAAACAUGGCCCAGGGUUACUGAUGAUAUUGCAAAUUGUCUGGGACACACCAGAUUCUUUCCUACUUCCAGACCACAGGAUCUCCCCCCUUUAAUGAGGUUCAGAGAGGCAUCAGUAAAGAAAACAUUUCACUGACUCCUGUUGAGAGCAGCAAACAUUACAAGGAGUAGAUGAUACAGGUUUAUCUUGUGCCCAUUGAUAGUUCUGGGGCAAAACUCCCACCUAAGACUGUGAAAACAAAGAACUGAGAAGGGAAGCAGAAGAAUCACCAAAAAAAAUCAAAAGAAGUUGCAGUUUCACAGCCUGACCUUUUAGGGCUCAUCUGAAUGGUGGGGGUUUUUAACUCACUUCUUGUAUAUAUAUUAUUUUUGUAAGAACACAAGCCUAUGCAGUCCCUAGUCCUAGCAAUGUAUAAUCAGGGUUAAUACACAGUUUCUUUGCAGACCUGCCACUUAACACAAAAUAGAAGGUUUAUUCAAUUCAGGCACCAGAGUGGCAUAUCAAAAUAAAGCUAUUAACACAAUUUCAUUUCAAACUGUCGAUAUAAAAGCAAAUUUUUAUUGGUCAUUGAAUCACUGCUCUGAGUUCUCCUAAAUUCCAAAUUAUAAACUUCAAGAUACAAAAUGCAACCACAUACAGUAGAUAUGUUCGUUACAACAGUGUAUUAUGGUAAAAUAAUUCAGAUGUAACAAUUAAUAUUAGAAUUCCCCAUCACCACCACUUUGUGGAUACCAUAUCAUAGUCGAAAGUGUGCUUUCUUCACUGACUAGAGUUACUUUACAAAUUGUUACCUUUGCAGCAUGUUUUUACCAUAGGAGAGUGAUCUGUAAAACUCCUGCUUCCUGUAUAUCUCCGUAUGCAGUGAUGUGCCAUGUACAGUUAGCAGAAUAAUUACUGAAGGACAAAUACCUUUAAACAGUUUUAGUCACAAUAAUAAAAAACUGGAUGCACAAUGGAUUGGGUUUGGUACACAUUUUCCCCAUAUUUUACAAUAUUGCUGAUGAGAAAAUGGAGAGAAAAUUAGACAAAACAUCAAUUUGUUUGAUAGCUGGAGUAACAGGUUGGGAACUGUGAACUAAAGAGCAAGGAAAACCAAAUGCUGCAUUCAACUAGAAAUUAUUUGGAAAUUUGGCUGUGUCACCUCUGAUAGGAGAAAUCUGGCCCCUCAGAAUGUGCCAUGAGUCUGGAGUUAAUUGGUCCUUUGCUAAAUGGGCUUGAAUGACAUGAAGAAUAAACAGGAGGAGAAAGAUUUACAGGUUUGUAGAUAUUCCUCCCCCCAACAACAGUUUGUUCUUUGUGCUCAGGGAUAGAGGGGCUCUGUUUUUCCUUGGUGGAGGAGCACACAAUGGCAGGGAAAUGCACCCAACUGCACAACAACGCGGCUCUCAAAGGAAAACAAUGGUUUGUGCCAGCCAUGGUCUGGGCCAGCCAGGGAAGUGCUGCAUUGCUGGGCACAGAACAACCUCGCUGAGGCCUGGAAAGAGAAAACACAUCCAUGGAGCAGGAGGAGUGAGAGGAGUGGGAAACGCAGGAGAAAAGGCGUAGCUGCAAGUUGGGAAGUUAUUAAUGAUGAAUUCUUUGAGAGUGGAACCCCAGUUCAUGGGAACGAAGCAGCUCUGCCUUGGGAUUCCUAAGUAAGUUUUAAGGAUUUUACCUCUCUGCCCUUUUAAGAGGACAACUAAUCUGAAUGCAAUGAGCUGGAUGUAGAAGCACUUCCAUAAAACACGAAUCGGUCAAUGAUUAAGUUUUCUUUGCCAUGUAUUCACAAAGCUAAUGGAGAUACGUCUUUCAACAGUGAUAAUUAAACUGAAAACAUCCUUAAAAUGUA